AUGCAUCCUCCUCCCCCAUACUACCUCCUUCCGACCGACGAAGAGCUUGUCAACGGCUAUGUAGAUGAAGAACUGGGAUCCCCAACAUCACCCCUCGUUUCAUCAGUGUCCCGAUCAUGGCCUCCUCAUAUUCCAUACGGAAAAUACAAGGGCUCGUCGAUUGGCGGACUAUUCAAAUUCUCUCAAACAGGCUGGUCAAAGCGGAGGCUCAACCACAGAUUUCAAAGAGUUUGCUUGCGAAAACACCUUGUUCUUCUUCUUUCUGGUGCAGGUAUCGCCAUCAUCGUGCUCUCGAUUUUUUAUAUCGGGCUUGUCUCGUCUGCUUUCAUCCCUGUCUCUGUUUUUUUUGGAGCUUCGACAUCGGGAGAUGCAUCGAAUCUCCCUCCACCUAUGCUAUCCCACUCCCUUCUCCGCGGAGAUUGCCUCGAAGCAUGGGUCGCUCGUGGCGAAGUAUGCAAUCAUCUCGACCUUAGCUCGGUUGAGGUCUUGGACGCAGUCUGGUCGUGGGUCAAUGGCAGCGAUCCCCGACACCAGGCCUCGCGAUCGUUUUGGGAUGACAAACCGGUCGAAUAUUCUGUCGCAGUCACUCAGCAGCCAUCUUCGUCAGUAAGACAGGUCCCUUCCUCGCAGGCGGCGCUGGACGAGGCGCCAAAAUCUGCUCUCAGAAAGGAUAAGCGUGCCGAAAGCCGCUCGCCGCCUUCUAAGCGACUCAGCCGUCAAUCUAUGCCGAAUACACAAAUCAACGAAAAAUGGUUCCGGGAUCACGACGAACUGCGCUAUUCGAUGCGUUCGGUGUAUCAGCACUUGGCACCUUACCUUCGUACCGCACACAUUUUGGCUACUGACUUCUCACAUCCGUUCGUUGCCCCCGCCGUUUUGGCUCGCUCUCGACCCUCGGCAUCCAAUCAAUUUAUUGACAUCGACGGCCACGUGAAUUCGUCCCUUGUCGGGGUUUUUGAUGUCUUCGGGAACCCUGAUAGCGCAACCAAUGGGAGCUGGAGGGAGGGUCAAUGGCCCCAAUGGCUAGACGCGGACAGUGAAUGGAUGAGGAAAGAAUCCGAUAGCGGAUGGAAGGGGGGGGUGCGCGUGCACCAUCACUGGAAUUUAUUCUCUGUUCCCCCCAAUUUGCGACGGCAAGAGAACGGUAAGGACGAUUUGUCGACCAAUGAAAGCAGCGUUGUCGACGAACUCCACUGGAAGGAGCGCGUCCUGCCUACGUUCAACAGUUUCGCUAUCGAGUCGCAGAUAGCCAACAUUCCAGGCUUGAGUGAAAACUUCAUCUACAACAACGACGAUUUCUUUCUCGGCCUGGAUCUGUCGCUGUCCGACUUUGUCACUCCCUUGUUCGGCACCGUGUUUAGGAUGCUUGGCGAACUUCGUGUGGAACCCCUGGAGAACAGCAGGGCCGACCCGAGCGGCGAGUGGCGCGCGUUGCAUAGAAGCAACUGGGUCCUAACCACCAAGACCCUUUCGACCCCGCUACUCCAGGAGGCGCGCAUGAUGUUUCCUGAAGCUUUUGCUCUGACCGCUACCCAUCGGUUUCGGGCGAAGGGGCAUGACAUCAAUGCUGUAUUUCUCACCAACCAUAUGACUGUGGAACGGCACAGGGAGGCACUGCUGUGGAGUUUUGUCGUUGCUCGCGGCGAUAAAAACGCGGAUGGAAUCUUGGAUGAGGCAGAAAUAACGGACCUCAUGUCCAUCGUUGAACAUGGCACCACAAAUGCUCAGAAGCCUAAAGUGGUCACUCUUCCCUUUCGCAAAACCCUCCAUGAUGGAAGAUCGGAUUCCAUUCUGAAAUCUGUGGGGCUUCCAAGACCAGAGCGGACGGGUUACCUCUUUUCCUCUCGCGACGGAUAUCCAUAUAUCGGCGGCUUAAAUGGAUUCACGAAACACAGUGUCUCCACUUACCCUGACAUGUCGCGUAAAGAUGCCCCGAAACUAUGCUCGCUGAACAUCGACCAGUGCUUCCCCAUCGAAGGAAAUACUACUCAGGCCGAUACCUUAUUCAAGAGGUUAGCUUUCGAACAGCCAAAUUGUGGAGAUUGUCUCAUCUAUCAUCUUGUGAAUCUUUCAGGAGAUCUUGGGCUAUCUGCAUUUCUUCCACCUGCCGAGUCUCAGUUCCCCGUCAAUACAUCGACCGUGAACUCUGUCGUCGAGCCCACACCGUUCCUUCCUCUGUCCACCGAAUGGGGCGGUAGCAAUUUCUCGCUCUCUAACGUUGCUUUCGAAACUGGCUGGCCAGGGAAUAGUCGACGCGAAUUUGCCAUGCGUCUUAUUCAACGUUACUCGUAUAUCAUGGGCUCUUCCCCAAUAGAAUUUGCCGCUCUCAAGACACCAAAGCAAGCUGCUGAAACAAUAGGGAACCUGAACAGGACUGAGAAUGCAUUCAUCUGCGUGAACGACGAUAUCACGAGCGGGCAGGAGCAGAUAAGCAAAACAUUUAGCAGCUGGCUUCAUUUUGCAUUUCCAGACGCGCUGCCUUAUGAAUUAGCUGAUUAG